UCGCCAUAUCAUCUCUAGAUAGAACCACUUCAAGAUGUCCUCUGCUCAAUUCGACAAGGCCGUGUCCAUCAUCGGCAGCAUGCCCAAGGAUGGACCUGUGCAGCCCACCCAAAGCGACCAGCUGACCUUUUACGGACUGUUCAAGCAAGCCAGCAAUGGUGAUGUCAACACCAGCCGUCCGGGUAUGAUGGACUUUACGGGAAAGGCCAAGUGGGAUGCUUGGAAGAGCCGCGAGGGUCUUUCUGCUGAUGAGGCCAAGAAGGAGUACGUCGACCACUUGCUCUCUCUGCUCGACAAGCACUCUGACAAUGAGGACGCAAAGAAGUGGGCGGACGAGAUCAGAGCCGCCUAAACGGCGAUCGGACUGGGAAGAUCGAGAGCAUCAAUGCAUUCCUACUUCCGGCUUUGAAUACACGUUCUGCGAUUCGCUGGCCGUGCAAAUGACAACAAAUUGAUCCAGAAGUCUUUUGAGCCCAGCGUUCGACAGUCUCGAAGUCCUUUUGAGCCCAAUGUUCGACAGUCUCGAAGCCCCCCUCGUGCGUUCCUCACGAGCUUACC